AUGCGCACGGCCAGGCAUUCCUCGUUGAACGUUUUCAUGGAAGACUCCUUAAUGCCCACAUCAAAUCACGGCCUACUAGGUAUGUCAUACCUCUUAGCGGAGGAACAAGAGACGCGAGUUUCAGCCACCGACCCAGACUGCGGCGUGAACGCCAUGGUGAACUACACCCUCGGAGACGGCUUCGGCAAGCUGAGGGAGUUCAAGAUCCGCUCGGACACGGGGGAGAUAUGCAUAAGUUCAGGCCUCGACUACGAGACUAGGAACGUAUACGAGUUUCCCGUUAUAGCGACGGACAGAGGCGGCCUGGGAACGACGGCCAUGGUGAAAAUCCAAAUCACCGACGUCAACGACAACCGUCCCAUCUUCUACCCCUCGGAAUACAACGUUUCGCUCCGCGAAGGAGGCGCCUCAUCCUCAGCCACCACACCUGUAGUGGUGGUAGCGGCGACAGAUCCGGAUUCGGGUAGAUUCGGCACCGUAACUUACAAAAUAGUAGCAGGAAACGAGGCUGGACUGUUCAGGAUAGACAAAAACACCGGGGAGAUUUUCAUCACCAGGCCAAGUCUUUUAUCCACCAGGAGUCAACCCUACCACCACCUCAACAUUAGCGCUAGUGACGGGGGUAACCUUAAGUCCGUCAGAGACGCAGAAGUAUUCAUCAGCGUGAUCGAUUCUGCUCAGAGACCUCCGAUUUUUGAACAUCCUAAGUAUACUUACGCUGUAAGUGAAAAUGUCAGGAGGGACACCAUGGUUGGGAACGUGAAGGCUGCCGUCAUGGAUAAUAGUGGGAGAAGCAGUAUCCGCUACUCGAUCUACUCGGGCGAUCCAGACGGUUUUUUCAAGAUAGACGCAAUCACCGGGGCCAUUACGACGGCGUCCAACCUGGACCACGAGGCCAGAGCCAGCGUCCUGCUCAACAUCCAAGCUACCAGCGGUGAUCCGCCUGUAUACGGGCAUACCCAGGUCAACAUAGAGAUAGAAGACGUGAACGACAACCCACCGGAGUUCGAGUCCGGCACGGUGCGCAUCUCCGUGCCCGAGAACGUCGAGCUGGGCGUCCCCCUAUACGCGGCGCACGCCAAGGACAAGGACUCGGGCUCGAACGGCGUCGUCCGCUACGCCAUCCUCAACAACGGCGCCGGCGGCCUCUUCAAGAUCGACUCCAAGCUGGGCCACCUGACGCUGACCAGACGCCUAGACUACGAAACGGCCCAGCGACACAGUCUGGUCAUCACGGCUACCGAUAUGGGCAUUCCUCCGCUAUCUGCCAACCUCACAGUGCUCGUCGAAGUACAAGACGUUAACGAUAACCCGCCGGUGUUCGAGAGGAGCCAGUAUUCUUUGAGUGUUCUGGAAUCUUUACCUGUGAACUCGCAAAUCCUACAACUGACCGCCGUCGACGCCGACACCGGCAACAACGCCCGACUGACAUACCGCUUAAUAUCCACGAACUCCUCCGACGAUGCUGACAUCAAAGACAUCUUCGGCAUCUUCCCCAACAGCGGCUGGUUGUACCUUCGAGGGAACCUAGACAGGGAGACCAAGGACCGGUACAAUUUGGUGGUAGCAGCUUCCGACAACGGUACACCUUCAGAAACAACCACCACGAAAGUUUCGGUCGAGGUGUUGGACGCAAACGACAACGAUCCCGCUUUCGUAAAGGAUUCCUACGAGUUCAGCAUUGAAGAGAAUUUGAGAAGGGGCACCGUCGUCGGUAAACUGCAAGCCAAAGACGCGGACAGCGGGGUCAACGCUGCUAUAAGAUAUAGUCUGAUUCCCGGCAAUGGCAGCUUCCAGAUCAACCAGAUUACUGGGGACAUCACCACCAAGGAACCACUAGAUCGAGAAAGGAAAGAAACCCACGAUCUGGUGGCCGAAGCCAGAGACCAAGGCACUCCAUCUCGCAGCUCCAGAGUGGCAGUGAAGAUUACAGUGUUGGACGUGAACGAUAACGCCCCUGAAAUAGUAGACCCCCAAGAAGACGUCGUCAGCGUAAGGGAAGAGCAAUCGCCAGGUACAGAAGUGGUCCGUGUUAGAGCCAUCGACGCCGACAGCGGGUACAACGCUUCUAUAACUUACUCGAUACUGAAGAGUCGCGAUUCCGAUGGUCACGGUGUCUUCGCCAUAGAUGCCACGACUGGGGUGAUCAGGACUCGAAUGGUACUCGACCACGAGGAGAAAACUAUUUACAGACUCGCAGUUGCUGCCACAGACGCGGGGAAUCCUCCAAAGCAAACCGUGAGGAUGUUGCGAGUGGAAGUUUUGGACCUCAACGAUAACAGGCCAACGUUCACCAGUUCGAGUUUAGUGUUUAGGGUUCGGGAGGAUGUCAAGAUUGGUCACGUUGUUGGUUCUGUAGCCAGCGCUGAUAACGACCAAGAAAAUACUAUAGCUGGGAGCAGCAGUGCUCACAUAACUUACACUCUAACUUCCCUUGUCUCUGAUAACAUUAGAGACGCCUUCGAUAUCGACCGCAGUACGGGGUCCCUAGUAGUCGCAAGGGAAUUAGACAGAGAAACUCAAGCUGAGUAUAGAUUAGAAGUGAGAGCACUAGACACCAGCACAAUGAAUAAUCCUCAAAGUAGCGCUAUAACCGUGAGGAUCGACAUAGACGACGCAAACGACAACCCUCCCAAAUGGACUCAAGACCCUGUGAUGAUCCCAAUAGACGAAAACACGGAUAUAGGCACAGCUGUGUAUAAUUUCACAGCCUUUGACGCGGACAGUGGAAGCAACGGUGAUCUGAGGUACCAUUUGGUGAAGCAGUACCCAAACGCGAACACCUUCACUGUGGAUUCCCUCACCGGUACUCUAAUACUAGCUGGGGGUUUAGAUUUUGAGACAACCCAAGAAUAUAACAUCGUCGUUAAAGCAACAGAUCAGUCGCUGAACGUUUCUGAACGGCUCAGCACCUCAGUCACUGCAAGGAUCUUAGUCACAGAUUACAACGAUAAUUCGCCCAGGUUCGUGGUACCUACCACUUCCACAGCGUUGUUAACAGAGUCUGCUACUAUCGGAAUGACAAUAGUACACUUGGUGGCUGUAGACAUAGACAGUGGUGAUAAUGGACGGGUCACUUAUGUAAUUUCAAGUGGUAACGACGCUGGGAUAUUCUCUUUAGGUUACGACACUGGUAUCCUCACUUUAGCGAAGCCUUUACUGUACAACCAGAAGUCUUUUGUCCUUAAUGUCACCGCGAACGAUCACGGCACGCCUACGAGAAAGGCCAGUAUGGAACUGAAGUUGGUCGUCCAAGGAAAUGUAAAUGGCCCGCCAAAAUUUCUAGAAUCUGAAUAUUCAGCCUCUGUUUCUGAAGACGCUUUCAUAGGAUCUGUCGUUACAAAAGUCACCGCAAAAUCGGGACUGGUCGAAGAAAACGACAAUAUAACAUUCAUCAUACCUCCUGGCAUAGCCGACGACACUUUUGAAAUACGCUCUCCAAGCGGGAAGGUACUGACCAAGAAACCAUUGGAUCGAGAAGCAAUAGACACUUACAUAAUCCCCAUCUACGUCAGUGACUUCUCUAUGAGCAUAACGUUAUUUGACGUCAGUAUUUUGGUCAUAAAAGUCUUGGAUGUAAACGACCACGCCCCAAGGUUCCAACAAGGGUCUUGCUACAGACUUUCCUUGCCUGAAAACAGCGAGACCGCAGUCAUACACACCAUGGUGGCUAACGACUUGGACAUUGGUUUCAAUGGAGAAAUUUCCUACAGUAUUACUAACGGCAAUGUCGGGAAUAAGUUCAGCAUCGACAUCAAGACAGGUGACUUAUCCGCGAGACCUUUAGACAGGGAGAAUCACGCGCGGUAUCAUCUAACAAUAACAGCGCAAGACCAAGGUACCCCACCGCUUCAGAGUACCUGCAAUUUGACUAUUUCCGUAGAAGAUCAGAAUGACAACGAUCCAAAGUUUGACUUGUCCAAAUACUCCACUAGUAUUCUUGAGGAUGUGCCAGUGGACACGUCGGUUUUAAAAGUCCAUGCUUCUGAUGAAGACAUCGGAGUGAAUGCGAGGAUUAUUUAUUCCUUAGCCAAUGAAAGCCAGUGGUUAUUUCGCAUUGACAAUAAAACUGGUGUGGUUACCACAGCAGGAUUAUUCGAUAGAGAGCGCCAAACAGAGUACAACUUCCUCGUCGUCGCUACUGAUGGAGGAAAAUAUAAUGCUAGAUCUCAAAAAGUGCCAGUGACUGUGAGAAUUUUGGACGUAAACGACAACAAACCGAUCUUCACUCAGUACCCGUUCAGAGAAAAAGUUGCGGCUUACAUUCAACCUGGUCAGACCAUCUUAAAGGUGUCCGCCAAAGAUGCGGAUGAAGGCACGAAUGCUGAUAUAGUCUAUAGUUUAGCCAACGAUGGCUCUUAUGGAAAAUUUAGGAUAAAUCCAAACACUGGAAUCCUAAUCGCCACACAGUCCCUUGCCAGUAACAUUGGUAAAGUUAUGUACCUCAACAUCCUAGCUACGGACAAAGGCAACCCCCCAAGGAGUUCCACAGGCUUGGUCGAAAUCGUGGUGGGCGAUAUACCUGAAGGCUUUCCCCAAUUGAGGUUUCAAAACAGCACCUACAUCGUCAACAUACCAGAAAAUGCCGAGCAGUUCCAAGAUAUCAUACAAGUAGCCGCCGUGAGGACUGACGGGCGUCGCCAAAGAAUAUUAUACUCCUUCGGCACCGGCAACGAGGAGAACAUUUUCGUUAUCAACUCGGAAAGUGGCAUAAUCCAAGUGAGAGAUCCAAAAAACUUGGACUACGAACUUCACAAAGAGCUGCGGCUGGUGGUCGAAGCGAGGACCGACGGUACGCCCAACUUGCACGGCUACUGCAACGUGGUUAUAAAUCUCACGGAUCAGAACGACAACUCUCCAAAAUUCACUCAACAGCAAUACUCUGUCAGCGUUUGGGAAGGCAACAAGAAAGGAGCUUUCGUGUUGCAAGUUGUGGCGUUCGACGCCGACGAAGGCCCUAACUCCAGAAUCCUCUACCACAUCGUCGAUGGCAACCACGACAACGCGUUCAAGAUAGAGCCUGCCUUCAGCGGUACGCUCAAAACCAACAUAGUACUCGACAGAGAAAUUCGAGAUACGUACAGACUGACCGUUAUAGCGACAGAUGAAGGAGUACCACAGAUGACGGGUACAGCGAGAAUCCGGAUAAAUGUCGUGGACGUAAACGACAAUCAACCUACUUUUCCCCCACACAGUAUCAUAACCGUUAAGGAAGAUACCGCCGUUGGAACCGCUCUGACAACCGUUACUGCUAACGACGUCGAUACCCACCCCACACUAACUUACAGUUUUGCCAAGGAAAACGAUAAGGAGUAUUUGAAAUAUUUCAGUAUUGAUAGGUUCAGCGGGAAGGUUAUUCUGAAAAGGAGCCUCGAUUUCGAGUCUUGGCAGGAAGCUAAGCUGAGGAUCAUCGCGUCUGAUACAGCGCAUAUCGCCCAGACCACGUUAACAAUAAAGGUUACAGACGUCAACGACAACGCUCCCACCUUUCUUCAAACUUCGUACUUAACAAGCCUACCAGACGGACAAUCCCCAACCCUUGCAGAAAUUUUGGUGUUAAACGCAACAGACGCGGAUACUGAUGAUAACGCGAAAAUAAUUUACUCGCUUCUAAAUCCCAUAUCAGGCUUCUCCGUUGGACCUGUAGACGGCAUACUGAAGGCGAACUUAACCAACGUAUCAACCCUUACUGAAGACGUACUGUUGACUGUCAAAGCGAUGGACCAGGGAUCUCCACCGUUGAGUACUUUGGUGCCUGUUAGAGUCAAAGUUGGCAGUGGAUCCGGAUCGGGAGUAGCUUCAAUGAACAAAAAAGAUUACAGGAUAAACAUCGCGGAAAAUACAACUUUGGGCACCACCGUGAUCCAUUUGGCGAAACCGGCGAACCAGAAUCAAGUCACGUUGUUCAAGAUAACGGACGGAAACGAAGAAGGAAUCUUUGAGAUUUCAAAUCCGUCAGGUGCUUUAAUUCUGAUCAAGAACCUGGAUAGGGAGAUUCAAGACAACUACAGCCUAAAAGUGUCUACAGACCCAACCAACUUAGCCGUGACCCAGGUCCUUAUCUUCGUGGACGACUCAAAUGACAAUGCUCCUGUCUUCCAACAAGCAGACUAUGAAAGAACCAUCAGCGAAGGAUUGCCCAUUGGGUCCACCAUUGAGAAGAUCGUCGCGACUGACGCUGAUUUAGUGGGAACAUCUAACGCGGAAAUCGUUUACGACAUCACUUCCGGAAACGACGAAGGAUACUUCCGAAUGGACAUGUACUCUGGAGUUUUAUACGUGAACAGGACGUUGGACUACGACCAAGGAAACACGGAAUAUAACUUCGUUAUAAGAGCGUGCGACAAAGGUUUACCCUCACUGUGCACACUCAAUACCUUUCUAGUCAUUCUACAGGACGAAAACGACAACGAACCGAAAUUCCCCGUGUCGGAAUAUCUGGAGUUUGUGGGAGAAAACGAACCCGUCGGUACGGCUAUAUUCACGGCACACGCCACUGAUCUCGACAAAGGCUCCUUUGGUUCCCUCAACUACUCGAUAGUUAGUUCAAACUAUGCACUAUUAGACAAUUCUUACAAGUUGUUCCACAUAGAUUCCUCCACUGGAGUUGUCAUUACCUCAACGGUCUUCGAUUACGAGCAAAGGAACAGGUACAAUUUCAUCGUGAAAGCUACGGAUGUAGGAGGAAAAUCAUCGACGGUCAAAGUAAGGAUAGAAAUCGAAGGCAAAGACGAGUUUCAUCCACAGUUCACGGAACGAACUUACAAACUGACUCUAGCGACAUCAGCAGCUUUGCCUGUAGGUUACGUCGUCGGUCACGUUGUAGCAACCGACAGAGACAAAGGCCCAGAUGGCAGAGUGGUCUAUCAGUUAACGACCCAGCACUCCUAUUUUAAGAUAAACAGAACAACUGGGGAUAUAGUGAUAAAAAAGAAACUGGACAAUUCCGAGUUGUCCAAUCUUGGACGCGAAGUCAGCUUAGUCGUUACGGCAAGUUCGGGAAGGCAAGGAUCCUUAACGAACAUGACGGUCGUGGAGAUAAUCCUCGACCCCCUGGCCGACCCAGGCACCAACCUAGCCAUCAACAGAGAAGGCAACGCCACCGUGGCAGCCACCAACGGCGGCAUAGCCGAUUGGGCCUUGGGACUGCUCAUAGCGCUCAUCCUGUUGCUGAUCACCUUCGGCGCGGUGUUCGUUUUCCUCCACAUGAGGAACAAGAGAAACAGAAAGGUAAAUAAACCAAAUUUAAGUUCUGAGACUGUGUCUACAUCCAAUAAUUACGUAGAUCCAAGCGCGUUCGACACAAUACCGAUUCGAGGAGGGGUGGGACCGCUACCCGGCGGAAAUAACCAGUUUGCUCCCCCCAAAUACGACGAGAUACCACCGUAUGGCGCGGGACACGCAGCUAGCUCGAAUUCUGGAGCUGCCACUACGUCUGAACUGUCUGGCUCGGAGCAGUCCGGCUCAAGCGGGAGAGGUUCCGCCGAAGACGGUGAAGAUGGAGAGGAUGAAGAAAUACGAAUGAUAAACGAAGGCCCGCUUCAGAGAGACUCGGGCAUUCACAGGCAGAACGACGAGGAAGACAACCUUUCCGACGUUUCCGUGAGGAACACGCAGGAAUACUUAGCUAGACUCGGUAUUGUGAAUAACAGCAGCGGCCACGCGCAGAACGCGUCCCGAUUGUGUACAGACCCCCGAGCUGGAAGCAGCAAAGAAUCCCUUCACCACCACCAAGCGGUGCCUUUGGACAGCCUCCACAUAUUCGAUGAAGAAGUCGGUAACGAGAACGACAUAACGAAUUUGAUUUACGCCAAACUCAACGACGUUGCCGGCAGCGACAGGGCCAGUUCUACAGACGAAGGUGGAGGAGCGAACGCUUCCGCUCUAGGAUCUACAAUGGACCACGUGAUGGCUAUCGGAGGAUACGGAGACGUUCCCGCGGUAACCCACCAACCCUCCAUGAACGGAUCCUUGAGUUCGAUAGUGCACAGCGAGGAAGAACUGGCCGGUAGUUACAACUGGGACUAUCUCCUCGACUGGGGUCCCCAGUACCAACCCUUAGCUCAUGUGUUCUCAGAGAUAGCAAGACUGAAAGACGACACUGCAUCUGUGCACAGUGGCGCCAGCGGUACGUCUAGUGUUAAGAGUAAGAGCUCCGUCGCUCCUACGAAAAAUAUCCCGCCUCCCUUAAUAACGAGCGUCGCACCCCGGUCCAUAGCGAUGCCUCUUUUGAACUCUAGGGGUGUGUCUAGUCAUCACGGCGGGGUGGGACAUAAUCAGAUGAUGAUGUUACCAAGGUCGCCCAUCAACCACGACGCCUCGGGAGCCACGUUCAGCACCUCCGCCGCCAUGUCGCCCAGCUUUUCGCCGUCAUUGUCGCCGCUAGCGACGAAAUCGCCCUCCAUAUCGCCCCUCGUAGUACCGGGGUUGCCAACCGCACACCACGUUAUGCCGCGGCAAUCCACCCAGAACAGGAACAAGUCCGUAGUGGAUACAGAACUCAGAAUAUGAUGUGUUUCAAUUUCGUAUAACUUAAAUUAAUGUGGUUUGGCUGUGCUACGAAUACAGACUGAUUCAUGAACCUUUUAAAUCGAUUACCCGUGUAUAUUCGUGUAAAUAAAUGAAAUGCUCAUUUAGGUAGUUUCUUCUGCCUGCCAUGUUUAGCCAUAGAGACGACUAACAACGUGAAUUUUGUGUUUGUUAAAUAUGUCUUAAAUUAUUAAAUUCCUGUAGAUAUUGUACCUAUUUUUUUAUUCCGAUUUGUAAUUAUUUUAGUUAGGGAUAUGUCUAAAUUAUUCAAAUUGAAUCGUUAACCAAAUUUAUGGAAAUUGUACUUGUUCAGUUGACUGAAUGUGUAUGCGUGAGUGCUUCUUUAUUAGUACUGAAGAUUGUGUCAUAAGAAUAGAUAGUUGUAAAAAAUGUACAAAUAAAUAAAUUUAU